UACUUUGGUCCUACGCAGAAACAAUCGAGCGGGUAAUACGGAGUCGAAGGUUUUGAGCCUGAUCUCUGGGCAUUGCAUCGCUUUCAACCUGUCAGCUCUUUAUUGGCCGCAGCGCAAACAAAACUAACGAACUAGUAAAAAAUUCUCCAAUUUUCUCUCCUUACGUUUUCAAGAAAAUUGGACCAAGCACGUAUUCCGGAGAGAUACAGGAACGGCGGUCAUGGCUCCUGACGGCGACAAAUCGGACGACGCCGUCGUUCAAAACCGGCCCAUUUCCACCAUCGUCAUCAUCAUCGCUAUGCAGACGGAGGCGCUUCCUUUGGUGAACAAGUUCCAGCUUACAGAGGACCUCGACUCAGUGUUUCCAAAAGGGGUUCCUUGGAUCCGGUAUCAUGGUGUUUACAAGGAUCUUAACAUCAAUUUGAUCUGGCCAGGAAAAGAUUUAGCUCUAGGGGUUGAUAGUGUAGGCACAGUGUCGGCAUCUCUUGUUACCUAUGCAUCGAUCCAAGCAUUAAAGCCAGACCUAAUAAUAAAUGCGGGCACUGCCGGUGCCUUUAAGGCUAAAGGUGCAGGCGUUGGUGAUGUGUUUCUUGCAUCUGAUUGUGCUUUCCAUGACAGAAGAAUACCUAUACCUGUUUUUGAUCUGUAUGGCGUUGGUUUACGCCAGGCCUUCUCAACUCCCAAUCUUGUUAAGGAGCUUAACCUAAAGGUUGGGAAGUUGUCUACCGGUGAUUCUCUAGAUAUGUCCUCACAAGAUGAAGCAUCAAUUACUGCGAAUGAAGCUACAAUUAAAGACAUGGAGGGAGCCGCUGUUGCCUAUGUAGCCGAUCUUCUGAAAGUUCCUGCGAUAUUUGUAAAAGCUGUGACUGAUAUAGUGGAUGGUGAGAAACCAACUGCAGAGGAAUUCUUGCAGAAUUUGGCAGCUGUGACUGCUGCACUUGAUCAGGCAGUCACUCAAGUAAUUGAUUUUAUCAAUGGAAAAUGCCUCUCAGAACUUUGAUACCAGCUAUCCUCAGUUCUUGAUCUCUCUGGAGCUAUAUGUAACACUACAUCGAAGACGCCAGUUCAUAACAUACCAGAUUUGAUCAGAAAUGUGUGAUUUUAAAUGCAAAAAAGCAAUAGGUCAUAGUGUUAGUAGGCAUAUGUUUGAGAUUUUUAAUUACCUGAUGACAAUUUGAUGAGUUUCAAUUGUUUGUACAUUCACGUAUUCCAACUGAAUUGCAUUGCUUGUGUAUUCUAUAAAGCAGUGUUUACACCUAA